AUGUCUGCUACCGAGGUCGUCACACAGCCGGCCGUAGCCCCGGGCCAUAAGCUCCUCCAACUCACUACUGCUUACGGCCCCGUCUUCCGGCCCGUGAAGACAACACCGCCCCGGGAUGCCACCAUCGAGGAGAUCCCCCUGAUAGACGUCUCCGGCAUAUUCAGCGAUGACAUUGCUGACCGUAAGGCCGUCGCCACCGAGAUUAGGAAAGCAGCCACAACCAUCGGCUUCUUCUACAUGAAGGGCCACCGGGUCCCCAGCGAGGUCAUACAAGCGUGUCUUAAGUCUGCCAAUGACUUCUUCCACCAGCCAGAGGAGAUCAAGCAGAAGGUGAACCAGGCCAACAGCAAGUGGUACAACGGAUGGAACGGUCCGAAGUCGCACCGCGCCAACGCAGUCGAGUCUAUCGAUCACCGCGAGAGCUUUGGCAUGCGGUACGACCCUCGGUAUGACCCAGCCGUGGAUGAUGUCGCCGCCAUCCCACAGGAGAUCAAGGACGGCUUCCGCGCUGAGGAGUACGUGUGGGAGCAGACUGCCAAUCUGCCCACCUUCAAGGAGGAUGUACUGAACUACUGGCGAGCCUGCCUCGCCUUAGCCAGGAGACUGAAAAGCGUGUUCGCUCUUGCCCUGGACCUGCCUGAAGACUACUUCGAUCAGAAGAUGAGCCACCCUGAUGCCGCCGUCGCCCUCAACUACUACCCAACGAUACCCGAGAGCGCACUGCAGUCCUCCGAGGAGGCGGUCAGCAUCGGCUCGCAUACCGAUCUCCAGUUCUUUACGAUGCUCUGGCAAGAUCAGAAUGGGGGACUCCAGGUCCUCACGAGGGACGGGCAAUGGCUCAACGCAAUGCCCAUCGAAGGGACCUUUGUCGUCAACAUCGGCGACUACCUACAACGAAUUACCAACGACCGCUUCAUCUCCACAGUGCAUCGAGCCAAGAACUUCAAGGCCACGGAACGCUUCUCGAUGCCAUUCUUCUUCGGGUUCAACUUCAACGAGACAUGUGGUGUGCUGCCCAGCUGUGUUGAUGAGGAGCACCCAGCCAAAUACGAGCCGAUAUCCUGUGAGGAGUGGGUUAGGCUAAGGUUUAAGGCUACGACUCUCGAGACGAAGGAGUAG